AUGCCUCUGGCUGGUAUUCUUUGUGAGAGCUCAUUCGGCUGGAGAUUGCUGUACUACAUUCAGGGAAUGUUCACACUUCUACUGUAUAUCACAUUCUACUAUUUCUUCCAGGACUCACCAGUGCUUCACAGAAACGUUAGUGAGAAAGAGCUGGCCCGAAUCCAGCAUGACAAGACCGAUACCGGUUCAUCAGCACGGGAACCGGUACCAUACCUACAUGUAAUUCGCGACCCCUGCAUUCUCGGAAUUUGGCUGUCGAAUAUUGGUGCUAAUCUCGGGUUUCUGACGUUCCUUUAUUAUGGACCAGUUUACGUCAAUAAGGUGAGCUUUCUGUUAUCUUGA